GCACUCGAAGAGGCGGUCCCUUAGAGGUCACUGUGUGUAAUUUCCUAGCAGCAAGUAUUAUUUGUUCAGUUUAUUAGGCCGGUGACCAGAAUUAAGCAGGUAAAAACGACAGAGUGUUUGCAAGAGGACGAGGACAGACUAUCAUCAAGGGCUACAGAAUAAUUUCAUAACUAACUGUAUAUUUUAUAUUGAGUGAUUUUUCCAGUAAAUUAUUUGGCAGCUUGUCCUGAAAAUCAAACAGUUGGCCUUGAAAUGCUUUCUGUAGUUGCACUGAAAGCACUAUUUUAUGUUGUGACAGGUCACUAUAAUGGCCUUUCUCUAGGAUAGAGGCCAUCCCUACAGUAAAUCAUGGCAGCAGUGGACAGUUUCCAGUUACUGUACAGACAGAUUGCCCGGACAUGUAAUACCUACAUAGAAGCACUAGCCAUUGUGGGAGCAUGGUAUGUGACAAGGAAGAGCAUCUGCCUCAUCUGUGAUUUCUACAACAUGGUCCGACUUCAUUUUGUCCCGAGACUAGUAAGCAGAAGAGACCUGAUGAAACGCUUCGGCAAAUGGGCUUUGGUGACUGGUGGAGCAGAUGGGAUCGGCAAGGCUUAUGCUGAGGAAUUGGCUUGUCAAGGCAUUAAUCUGAUUCUCAUCAGCCAUGACCGAAGCAAGCUGGAAGCUACAGCCACCGCUAUUUCGGACAUGUUUAAUGUUGAAACCAUUAUAAUAGAAGCUGAUUUUACUAGAGGACGAGAAAUAUACCAGCCAAUCCGAGAAGCUCUAAAAGAUAAAGAAAUAGGCAUCCUAGUGAAUAGUGUUGAUGUGCCCUAUGAGCACCCACAGUCUUUCUUUAACAUGUCUGAAGACAAACUCUGGGAUCUCAUAAAUGUAAACAUUGCUGCAACCAACAUGAUGAUCCAUAUUUUGUUACCAGGAAUGAUAGAGAGGAACAAGGGAGCUAUUGUUAACAUUUCCUCGGGGUCUUCCUGUAAGCCCUCACCACAGAUGGCUAUGUAUUCAAGCACAAAGAUGUAUUUGGAUCAUUUUAGUAGAGCUUUGCACUUUGAAUGUGCACCCAAAGGAAUUUUUGUUCAGAGCUUGUUGCCAUUUCAUGUAAAAACCAAUACAGUCAUGUACACUGAUGGAUUCAGCAUCAACUCGUGGCUAGCACCAUCAGCGAAUGUUUACGCACAUCAUGCAGUUUCAACCCUUGGGGUAUCACACAGGACCUCUGGUUACUGGAUGCAUUCAAUACAGUUUUUAUUUGCCCAGUACAUGCCUGAAUGGCUGUGGGUAUGGGGAGUAACUCUGAUGAACAACAGAUUGUGCAGAAAGGCAGCACACGAAUCUUAACUCAGAGGUACUGGCAAGCCAUAAGUGUGUGCAGAGGCAUCACCACCCUGUGUGAGCAGGAUGAAGUAAUAUACAAUGUUGUUUGUGAAUUAUAAAAAUAUGUUUUUUGUAAGAAGAUUUCAGUCUGAAACUUGAUUAAUUGGAAGAAACACAGCCAACAUGAAAUCCUCAUAUCUAUAAAACUCUCUAAAUCAAAUACUACUUGCACUAAUAACCUCAUGGUAUUUUUGUUGCCACUCUCAAUUAACCUGUCCACACAAGUAGUUGAUCCAUGUCCUGUGAAGAAACAUUCCAAGGAAUAUUCCUAAACAAACAUUAAUUCUGUUGUCUAAAGUCUCCACACAUUGAACUGUAUCUCACUGUAACUACAGUUUUUCACUGAAUACUAGUAAUUAAAUACCCCAAAGAGAGUUAAAAACCACAACUAACUAUUGAAAAGAUUGGAGCACUCAUUGUACUUCCUUGUCUUCACCUGGGUAUCCAAUUUAAAAUCUAUAUUUUAAUUUUUUUGUUUGAAAAUAAAGAAUUGCGGAGUGAGGUGUGUAUUCUGCUUGUGAAGAAACAUGAUGAGUUUUCUGAUAACAUAGUGUACAUCUCUAAUGUAUGUUUAAACAGCUGCCAUAUUUAUUUAAUCUUGUCUAUUUACAUACACAACAAAUAAUGCAAAGAAAUUAGUUAUUAGGGCAGAAACUGUUAGCUUCAUUUGGCUUAUGCACUGACUUUAUUUAUUGAUUUACAAUGAGCUUUAGUUUGCCUACAGUUUGCUGUUUUAUUGGACAUCUAUAUAAAAUUAUAAUUUAGUCCAAAUAUUUACUUAUUUUUACAUUAAUUGGGCAAGUUUCAGUAUUGAAGAACAGCUAAACAGUGUUCAUGGGUGUUCCAUUACUUCUGUGGUAAUAGUAACUUUUCAACAUAGGCAUUUAAUGCUGUGUGGGGCACUUUUAAAACUGUCUUUGGUUUGUUACAUUAUCAUAACCUAUUGAGUGAGGUAUGUCUUUCAAUCCCCAUUUGAUCAUGCGCUUUUGGAAUACCAGCCUUGGUGACUUCUGAAACAACUUGUAGCAUUGUUGUAGGCAAAUAUUUGUUUGUGUUCGUUUAAGUUUUAUCAAGUCGAAUUUGAGUGUUGCUUAAAAAUAAUGUGAGGUGAGAUGCUGUAAUUAUGGUUUAAAGUUUUAUGGUCCUUUUUCUCAUAUGACCUGUUAUCCUGAAAGAUCUGUAACUAUAAUUGAUGUGGAAGAAUGUCCGUUGUGGUAUUUAUAACAAAUAACUGGAAUAUAUUAAAAAAAUUGAGUCAAAA